AUGCGUGCACUUCGAUAUCACGGCACAAAAGAUCUUCGGGUCGAACACGAUGUACCAGAGCCGAAAUGUGGAGAUAACCAGAUCAAGGUCAAGCCUGCGUUUGUUGGUAUCUGCGGCACCGACCUCCAUGAGUAUAGCUCAGCAACAUUCAUUCCAACUAAGGAGAAUCCACAUCCAGUGACCAAGGAAUCCAUGCCGGUCACGAUCGGCCACGAAUUCUCAGGAACAGUGCUCGAAAUUGGCUCGAAAGUUCAGACGGAUAUCAAGGUAGGCGACAAGGUAGCAGUGCAGCCGACAAUUGCUUGCUUUGAAUGUGGAGCUUGCAAAGAUGGAUUGAUCAAUUGCUGCGAUUCUGCAGGAUUCAUUGGUUUGAGUGGUGGUGGCGGCGGUCUGAGCGAUGCUGUUUGCGCUGGGGCCGAGUUUGUGUUCAAGCUGCCUCCAAAUAUUGACUUGGAUAUCGGAGUCGAGGCUGCCGGAAUUCAAAAAGGUGAUGACGCCGUAGUCAUGGGCGCGGGACCGAUUGGUUUAGGCGUAAUCCAGUGCCUAAAGGCAGAAGGAGCGAACAAGAUCAUUGUGGCAGAAGUGGCAAAGGAGAGACAGAACUUUGCUAAACACUUUGGAGCAACACAUAUACUCGAUCCACGACACGAGGAUGUUGUCGCCAAAUGCAAGGAGUUGACUGGCGGCCAAGGUCCACAGAUUGCUCUCGACUGCGCUGGAGUGGCGGCAAGCGUGAAGACGGCAUGCCUAGCAGUGCGCGCAAAUGGAAGGAUCGUGAACGUGGCCAUCUGGGAGAAGGAAGUUCCUUUCAAUCCCAACAAUGUCGUCUUCGGCGAGAAGAAGUAUUCAGGAGUUCUUGGAUAUCUGCAGAAAGAUUAUCGUGGAGUGAUAGAGGCGCUCGGCUCCGGUGCACUAAAGCCAGAGAAGAUGAUCACAGGCAAGAUCGCCAUAGAUCGAGUCGUGGAGGAUGGGUUUGAACCGUUAAUCAACGAGAAGGAGAAGCAUGUGAAGAUAUUGGUAGAUCUGUCGAAGUGA